AAAUGCCACGACUGUAUCUCCGAGCCGAUAUUCUGUACCAAAUGCUGCCGGACGCGACAUGCACUGCUCCCAUUCCACCGGAUCAGCCAAUGGAAUGGGGAUUUCUUCGAGAGGACCACCCUGACAAAGAUAGGGGUUCAGAUUUACCUCGGCCACGCCGGACAACCAUGCCCUCACCACAACUGGGAAUGGGAGGACACGGAUGACAAGGGCCGGUCUGCGGCAGGAACAUUCUCCAAUGAUGCAUUCUGA